AUGCUUUUCAAAAAGAGCAAACCCGCAGAGGCGGCAGAUCCUUCACUGGCGAAGUCAGAAGCUACCCCUGUCGCGCCGAGCGAGAAUGUCUCCAUCUCGGAGCUAUCCCAAGAAAAGGAAAAGGAAGUCUCUCCAGACUCAAGAUCGCUCAGCUCAGCAAACUCGAAACGAAACAUGGAACCUACAGGAUCAGAUGAAGCCAAAGCGCUGGAUGAAGUAGAUGAGGAGGAAGAGAUCAUCUAUCCGACAGGCGCAAAAUUGGCCUUCAUCACUUUUGCUCUCUGCCUGUCGGUCUUCCUCAUGGCACUGGACAACACGAUCAUCGCAACCGCCAUACCGCGAAUCACAGACGUUUUUAAAGCGCUUGACGACGUGGGAUGGUACGGGAGCUCAUAUCUUUUGACUAGUUGUGCAUUCACUCUACUUUGGGGAAAGCUCUACACCUUUUUCUCUCUCAAAUGGGGAUACCUGAUCGCUAUCUUCAUCUUCGAGGUCGGCUCGGUCAUCUGCGGUGCUGCCCCAAGCUCCGUCGCCUUGAUCAUCGGACGUGCCGUUGCUGGUGUGGGUGCUGCCGGUAUCUUUACCGGAGCCUUGAUCAUCAUCGCCUACACCGUACCCCUGAUCAAACGACCCAUCUACACUGGCAUCAUUGGGGCCAUGUACGGCAUUGCGUCGGUGGCGGGACCGCUCCUGGGAGGAGCUUUCACCGACCACGUCAGCUGGAGGUGGUGCUUCUACAUCAACUUGCCCAUUGGAGCAAUUACCAUCGUUGUCAUCGGCCUCUUCUUCAAAUCCCCCAACCGCAAGACCCAGUCCGAAAAGACCUGGAGAGAGAAGCUCGAAUCGAUGGAUCCUAUCGGAACAGCCGUCUUCAUUCCAGCCAUUGUCUGCUGUCUGCUUGCCCUGCAAUGGGGCGGCACCAUGUACCCGUGGUCAAAUGCACGAAUCAUCGCUCUAUUUGUUCUGUUCGGCAUCCUAACCGCCGUCUUUAUCGGUAUUCAAUUCUGGAAAGGAGAUAAUGCCACCAUUCCGCCUCGCAUCAUGAAGCAGAGGACAAUGGCUGCAUCGGCUUGGUUCGCAACCUGCCUUGGUGCCGCUUUCUUCAUUUUCAUAUUCUACCUUCCCAUCUGGUUCCAAGCCAUCAAAUCUGUCUCCGCCACUACCUCCGGAAUCAUGUGUCUCCCCCUCGUCCUUGCCUUGGUCUUAAUGUCCAUUCUCGGCGGCGCCGGCGUAACAGCAGUAGGCUACUACACGCCUUUCUUCAUCGUAUCCACCAUCCUCCAAUCCAUCGGCGCGGGGCUCUUGACCACCUUCACCGUCAACACUUCCUCCUCGAAAUGGAUCGGCUACCAAAUCAUCUACGGCUUCGGCGUCGGACUGGCCAUGCAACAACCUUUAAUCGCAGUUCAGACUGUGCUUCCCAUCGCGGACAUACCCGUCGGUACCGCGCUGAUUAUGUUCACACAGACGUUCGGCGGAGCCCUCUUCGUCAGCGUGGGCCAGAAUGUUUUUCAGAAUCGCCUGAUGUCGGGCUUGCUGCAGGAGGCGAGAGGGUUCGAUCCCUCUGCGAUUCUGAGGUUGGGCGCCACGACGCUGAAGACGGCCAUUCCGCCCGAGUAUCUGCCCGGUGUGUUGGUGGCGUAUAAUCGCGCGUUGACUCAAACGUGGUAUGUCAGUGUGGCCAUGGCUUGUUUGACGGGGAUCGGGGCGGCAAGUCUGGAGUGGAAGAGUGUGAAAGGGAAGAAGAUCGAGACGGGUAUGGCUGCUUGA